CCGUUGGAGGCUUCUGUGGAGCAAGAUGGAAGAGCAAGAGUCAGCUACCCAUGGAGCAGGAAGAGGACCAGAUGCCGUCAAGACUGGGAGUGGCAGGGGAAACUGGGAGAGAAUGGGGCAGGCGAUCCUGGCCGAGGCCACGGUCAGCUCCGAUGUACAACGCCAGCGUUUCAGGGAGCUCCACUACGGGGCGGCACAGGGCCCCCGAGAGGUUUGCAACCUGCUCCAACAGCUCUCCCGUCAGUGGCUGAAGCCAGAGCAGCACACGAAAAAUCAGGUUGUGGACCUGGUAAUCCUGGAGCAGUUCCUGAACAUCCUGCCCUUGGAGAUGUCGAGCUGGGUGAGAGAAUGUGGAGCGGAGACCAGUUCCCAGGCGGUGGCCCUGGCAGAAGGCUUCCUCCUGAGCCAGGCGGAGGACACGAAGCAGGAAGAGCAGCAGGUAGAGAAUCUCUUUGCAGAAAUGGGGCCUGAUUUCCAUGUGGAAGGGGAGGCUCCAUCGGACACUGGACAGAAUCCCCUGCGAAGGGGGAUCAAGCAGGAGAGGAGUGGAGGAGCCACCUUGCAGGGGGAUGGAAUGACGCCAGCAGUGAGUGCUCAGACACCUCGUCUUCUUUGUGAUGGAAUGGGAGCGGAUCAGGGUCUGGUGCGCUUUGAGGAGGUUGCUGUGUAUUUCAGCGAGGAGGAGUGGUCACUGUUGGAUCCUGAACAGAGAGCCCUGCACAGGCAAAUCAUGGAGGAGAAUUGUGGGAUCACGGACUCCCUUGAAGGUGACCGUUGGCAAAUGGAGAAUAAGAGAGAACCAUAUGGGAUGUCACCAAAAAGAGACAGACCUAAAUAUAGGGAACAGCAGAGAAGGAAAACUGAAGUAAAUCAGAAGAGGAGAAAUAAACCCUCUACUCCUCGGGGCGGUGAUGAAGACAAUACCACAAUUCAAGAAGAAAUAGUUAAAACACAGGAAAAUACGUGUUCAGAAAGUUUCAAUUCCAAAUCAAAUCUUAAUGCCCGUUGCAAAAGCCAUACAAGGAAGAAACCGUGUAUAAGUUUGGAAUGUGGGAAGAACUUCAGUCAAAAGACACAUCUCACUUCUCAUCAAAUAACUCACACAGGGGAGAAACCCUAUCAGUGCUUGGAGUGUGGAAAGAGCUUCAAACAGAAAAGAAAUCUUACUUCUCAUGAAAGAACUCACACAGGGGAGAGCCCAUAUCAAUGCUUAGUGUGUGACAAAAGCUUCAAUCAGAAAAGAAGUCUUACUACUCAUCAAAGAACUCACACAGGCGAGAAACCAUAUCAAUGCUUGCAGUGUGGAAAGAGCUUUCAUUGGAGGGAAAGCUUCAUGUACCAUGAACGAACACACACAGGAGAAAAACCAUAUCAGUGCUUUGACUGUGGAAAGAGAUUUAUUUUGAGUACACACCUUACUACUCAUCAAAGAUCUCACACAGGGGAGAAGCCAUAUCACUGCAUGGACUGUGGUAAGAGCUUCAGUCAGAAGAUACAUCUCACUUCUCAUCAAAUAACUCACACAGGGGAGAAACCCCAUCAGUGCUUGGACUGUGGAAAGAGAUUUAGUCAGAAGAUAAAUCUCACUUCUCAUGAAAGAACUCAUACAGGGGAAAGCCCAUAUCAAUGCUUAUUGUGUGGCAAAAGCUACAAUCAGAAAAGAAGUCUUACUACUCAUCAAAGAACACACACAGGCGAGAAACCAUAUCAGUGCUUGCAGUGUGGAAAAAGCUUUCAUUGGCGGGAAAGCUUUAUGUACCAUCAAAGAACUCACACAGGGGGGAAACCCUAUCAGUGCUUGGAGUGUGGAAAGAGCUUUAGUUCGAGUACACACCUCAUUAAACAUCAAAGAUCUCACUCAGCUGAGAACCCAUAUCAAAGCAUGGACUGUGGAAAGAGCUUCAAUCCAAAGACACAUCUCACUUCUCAUCAAAUAACUCACACAGGGGAGAAACCAUAUCAGUGCUUGGAGUGUGGCAAAAGCUUCAAUCAGAAAAGAAAUCUCACUUCUCAUGAAAGAACUCACUCAGUUGAAAACCCUUAUCAAUGCUUAGUGUGCAGCAAAAGCUACAGUCAGAAAAGAAAUCUCAUUACUCAUCAAAGAACUCACACAGGAGAGAAACCUUAUCAAUGCUUGCAGUGUGGAAAGAGCUUUCAUUGGAGGGAAAGUUUCAUGUACCAUAAAAGAACUCACACAGGGGAAAAACCCUAUCAGUGUUUAGAGUGUGGAAAGAGCUUCUAUCAGAAGACACGUCUCACUAAACAUAAAAUAAUUCACACAGGGGAGAAACCAUAUCAAUGUUUGCAGUGUGGAAAGAGCUUUCAUUGGAGGGAAAGCUUCAUGUACCAUCAAAGAACUCACACAGGGGAAAAGCCAUAUCAGUGCUUGGAGUGUGGAAAGAAUUUCUAUCAGAAGACAUGUCUCACGAGACAUCAAAUAAUUCAUACAGGGGAAAAACCGUAUCAGUGCUUGGAGUGUGGAAAGUGCUUCAGUCAGAAAACAUAUCUCACUUCUCAUCAAAGAAUUCACACAGGGGAGAAACCAUACCAGUGUUUGGAGUGCGGAAAGAGUUUCGUCAAGGGUACAGACCUAAAUAAACAUCAAAAAAUCCACACAGGCGAGAAACCAUAUCGGUGCCUGGACUGUGGAAAGAGCUUUUGUCAGAAUAUAAAUCUCACUACUCAUCAAAAGAUUCACACUCGGGAGAAUACAUAUAAAUGCUUGGAGUGUGACAAAAGUUUCAAUCAGAAGAAAAAUCUCAUUUCUCAUCAAAUAGCUCACACAGGGGAAAAAUCUUAG